AUGGGUGGGUCGUCCUCGGAGUGGGCGAUCCCAUCAGAUAACAUAAAGAAGUAUGAAAGUAUGUUCGAAAGCAUGGAACGAUGUUCGGACAAAGUUUCUGGGGAAGUGAUGAAAAAGUUUCUUCAUGACACUAAACUCCCCGUCGAGAUUCUUCGAGCGAUAUGGGAUCUCUCCGAUCUUGACAAGGAUGGUUUCUUGGACCGAUUCGAGUUUAUCCUAACGAUGCAUCUGGUGUGCCAUUGUCUAGAAGGCCGCCCUCUUCCUCAAACUCUGCCAUUGGAUCUCGUACCACCAAACAAGCGUGGUGGUGCUUCAGAGCCUUUAGCUCUUAUGCCUCCUUCUUCCCUCUCCGACCAUGGAAUAGUUUCUCUGUCCCAGGCUUCACCCCUAUUCGUGAGUUUCUGUCUCGCUCGGGCUUUUCAAUCAUUUCUAUUCAUUAUUGAAUUGCAGCGGUGCACCACAGACAACCCUAAAAAUCCUGCUCUUUUGUUUAAGGCCACGCACGUUUCCCAAGGCUUUCCGGAAGGCCAGCCUCCGCCACAGACGCUUGAGUGGGCAGUCCCCAAGGCCCUGCAAGCUCAGAUCGCCCCCGUUUUCCUCUCAAUGGACAAAGACGUCGAUGGUCUAGUAGCGGGUGCCGACGUUCACGACUUCUUCGUUAACUCGAGCCUUCCGCAGGCCGUCCUUGCGCGCAUCUGGGACCUCGUCGAUCUACAGCACAAUGGACUUUUGAAUCAGUACGUCCUAACACUUUUCUCACCUCGUCACUCCGUUUUCAACAGGGAGCAAUUCAUCGUCGCGGUGCACUUGGCCAAUGAGCAGAUCGCCUCGAGAUGUUCACGCGCACUCCCCGAGACCUUGCCGCCGGCCCUCAUUCCUCCCAGCUUGCGACCCGUCACCCUCGAACCCUCCGAGUACGAGGAAUCCAACAAACUCCUGGCUGAGAUUGACAAACUCCGGAGAGAGCGCCUCUGUGUGGAGGCAGAGUCAGCAAGACUGACAACCGACGCGAACCAGCGCUCCACAGAGGUGUCGAAGUUGCAGGCGGCGGAGGAGACCCUCCUCCAGACCUCGCAGACCCUGGCCAGCCAGCGCACCCGGGCUGAGCGCUACGUCGCCGAUCUCAUCGAACGACGCACCCUCCUCCAGAGCCAGAUGUCCGAGGUCGCCAACAAGGUGAAGGAGCAACAGGCCAGUGUUGAAGCCCUCCGCGGACAAGUCACCAAUCAGCAAAUCUCUAUCAGGACACAAGAAGAAGAGGUAGCUCAGCUGCGCAGCGCAAUUACUGAUCGUAAGCGAGAGGAAACGGGUCUUUUACAGCAGAUCGCCGAACGACGCACACGUGUUGAGGCUGUGGAAACUGAGAACAGGUCCAUCUCCGAUCGUAAUGAUCAGGAGUCAAAGAGGAUAGCUAGUCUGGAGUUGGUGCGUGAGCAACUGCUUCAAGCACUGGAUCAGUACGCGAAGCUCCUGGCUGGAGACACCUCCGUCACCGAACCCGAUGAUGAACACAUCCAGAAACUCGUAAGUUGGUGA